AUCACCAUUGAGGGCGACACUUGUGGAAAGUCAAACUCUCGAGUACAAAUCAGUGGAUAUUCUCUGCAGUUUAUCAACACUAUUCAUGUUUACAUUAUUGGAAUAAAACUGAUUGAUGUAGGCAUAUCCCUUGAAGGCACAGAAAAUGUCACUCUUUCUCAGGUGGUUGUUGAUGGCCCCAGAACUGCAGUUAGUUUGCUUAACACCAUAGAUACCAACAUAUCCUGCUGCAGCUUGAAGAAUACCGGCUGGACAGCGUUGACUCUGCGAAACACACAUAAUACCAGCAUAUGUAACACCACUGUGAAUAACACCGGAUGGAACGGAUUCGACUUCUUCAACACAUCAAAAACUGGAAUAUUGCACACCUUCAUCAAUAGCACUGGGUGGAAUGGAAUUGAACUACGACAGACAAAUUCUACAUUGAUAUCAUGUUCUGUUGUAAACAGCACAGGUUGGAACGGAAUUGAAAUACGACAGGCAAAUUUUACUGUGAUUUCUUGCUCGACUGUAAACAGCACAGGAUGGAAUGGAAUCGACAUUUUCAAUUCUUCCCAAACCACAGUUAAUUGCUCACUAGUGAACGAGACAGGUUGGAGUGGUAUAGAGAUCCGCUACGGUACCCAGGCUAGAGUGAUUGGAACAAACAUCACAAAUGCAGGCUGGAGCAGGCUGGAUUGCAGGUAUACAGAUAUGCCCUGUACUGUUGAAACACCGCCAAACAUGAACUGUAGCUGUAACAAUGAGGACAUGUGUAGCUCAGCACCACUAAACUUAUUAACUCUACAAUCCCCAGAAUGCGGUAAUGAAACAAUUAGUGAUGACAUAGUGACCUGCUCGAAACAAGUCAACUUUACGACUCCAACCUCGUCAGUGUAUGAGAGAUCCCAAAGCUCAACAUAUCCAACACCUAUGAUGUCUGUGAUUCAAGUAACUCCGGUCCCUUCUGUGGGAAUAUCUUCCCCAAUCAAUUAUUCAUCACAUCGAAAUGUCAUCCUUGGAGUUUCAGGGUCAGUAGCAACAGUAAUGUUGGCUUUCAUCAUUGUGGCAAUUGUUGCUUGGAUCUAUCGUAAAAAUAGAAACAAAGGUAAGAGUAAAUCGACAUGGCACUUAUUUCUCUGACCAUGUUUUAUGACUAGAUAUUUCAGAUGAGCACAACAAAAAGUGUCAUGUGUAUGAAGCUAAUCCGGCUCUACACCACAAUGAAAACCCAAUGAGGAUGAGGCUUGAAGAAAACCCCGCUAUGUCUCCACUCACUCUACAGAGGUCCUGAAUGCUGCUGGCAUAUUUAAUGGUCAUAUACACUGGUGUGUGGCCAUAGACCAUUAGACUGUAUGAUUUACAUACUUUCAUAGCAGUGUAUCUAAGCACCAUGUCUUUAUUAAAAUUCAUA